AUAGUCGGCCACACUCUCAGAAAGCCCUCGGUCAACAUAGCUCAGCAGGAAUGGUUCGAUAUGCUGCCGCCGCGGACCUACGACGAGGAGUACUUGCUCAACAAGCACUCCAGGCUCGGCGUCCUCUCUAAUGAGCUCCAAGCCCUGGGACAUUCCCAACGUUUUGCCACAAAGGUAACUGUCCCUCUUGAGUGGACAAACACCUGUUGCAGCCAUCCACUAUACCGUGAAUCUGAGCUUAUCGAUGAGGAGUGCCUUGGAGUAAGAAAUGCUGCUAAAAGGAAGCUUUUGGAUGAACUGGGCAUCCAUGCUGAAGAUGUGUACAAGGCACCUUCUGACGGAACGUUUAAGGACGGCGAUUGUUUAACGAUGUCGGGAAUAAUUUCUAGAAUUUUUAAUGAUGAACCUCCAAUUUACGGACCUGGUUGUGAAGUACGCCUCGUGAGUGGUCUGUGA